AUGGUCAAACCCACCUCCAACAUGCUCGACUACUGGCGCAAAGGCGGGAUCUAUGAGCUUGGCAGUCGUGCGAUAUUUCGCACUCUUCAAUUGAUCUUUGCUUUCGCAGUGGCCGGUAUCUACGGUGUUGAUCUCGCCCACUCCACCAAAACCCAUGAUCAUGCUCACGCCGAAUGGAUAUACGCCGAGUUCCUCGCUACCCUGUCCGUUCUCACUUCCAUUGCAUAUCUACUUCCCGUGAUCACCCAUGCCGCAUGGAUAGCCUGGGAUGGGAUUCUAUGUAUCCUCUGGGUUGCGCAAGUUGGUGUUUUUGGGACUAUCUAUUCCUCAAACGUCAGCCCCGACUACCAACAUGCUACCUCGUCUAUCUCCCGAAUGCGAGCUGCGGUUUGGAUUGAUUUAGUCAAUAUGAUACUUUGGCUUUCCACCAUGGUACUCAGUAUCGUGUGGUGUGUUCGGGCUCGAAAGGUUGCUAGGAAAAUGAAACAAUCAGAUGCUGGUAAACAAGGCCUCAUCGCGGGCGAGGGUGAGAAAGGCGAUUGCGAGGAGAAUGGUCGGUGGAGUGGAGAGAAAGAAGUGGAAUGCUUCACCGAUAUUGAAAAGGGUACACAGGAGCCCACCACACCACCACUGGACAAGACUACUACGAAGGACAAAAGUGACUUGUGA